AUGGCAGAACUUCGUUGCUCUACAAGCAUUUUCAAAUUGGGAGAUAUGCGUUACACACUUAUUCUUAUUGUGUUGGCUGUGACCUUGACGGAAUGUUCCGACGAGUUACCAGAUUGUUCUGAGGAGGCUAAACAUCCACUUGAAAAAGAAAUAAAAGAGAAGUUGUCAGAAGAAAUUAAGAGCAAAGUGCAAAAGAAAAAAGACGGAAAAGAAUUGGAGUACAGAUGUGAGCUGGAAUAUAUGGGAUGGUUGGUACUGGAAGACCCCAAAAAAGAAAUGGAAUGGCUCUAUCCUGAAUCGAUGAAGAAUUAUCCUGAUGAUUUCUCUAUUCUCAUCUCCACGCAGAAUGAAACUAAGAAAAAUGAGAAUGAAGCGACUAAAGCGGUUUUAAAAGAAUGGGAGGAUUACCUUACAAGUCUGAAACCUUCGGAGUUCUUCGGAUGUAACCAUAAGGAAGAACACAAUACACAUAAAUAUAUCUGCAUCUUCCAUUAA